CAUUGCUGAGUAUCCAACUGGACUACAAUCUCAUCUAAGUGACUUGAAUACUAAUUUAGUAACUAAAAGGGAUGACAUUACUCUCAUGAUAGGGAUUUAUGGAACUGGUGGAAUUGGCAAAACAACUAUCGCCAAAGCAGUCUUUAACUCAAUUGGAAAAGAAUUUGAAGCUAGAUGUUUUCUAGCAAAUGUUAGGGAGAUUUCAAGUCGAGAGGACGGUCUGGUCAAACUGCAAGAAAAAAUUCUUUGUGACCUCUUAGGAAACUUUGGAAGUUUUAAUAUUGGUAGUGUUGGAGGUGCCAAUGAUAUAAAGCAUAGACUUUGCUCUAAAAGAGUACUUCUAAUUCUUGAUGAUGUGAAUGAGUCGCGCCAGUUAAAAGAAUUAGCUGGAAAUAAAAAUUGGUUCAGUCCAGGAAGUAGAAUAGUAAUAACAACAAGAGAUCAACAUCUAUUAACUUAUCAUCAAGUUGAUUCAAUGUAUGAGGUGCAGGGAUUGGACGACAACCAAGCUAUUCAGCUGUUUAGUUGGCAUGCAUUUAAAACAGACAAGCCAGUUGAAAGUUAUGUAGAACUCAUAAAAUGUAUAAUAGGUUAUGCUAAGGGCCUUCCACUAGCUCUUACAGUGCCUGGUUCUGAUUUGUGUGGUAGAAGUAUACAAGAAUGGGAAAGUGCAUGGGAAAAGUAUAAAAGAAGUCCUCACAAGGAUAUUUAUGAAAUUCUUAAAAUAAGCUAUGACGGGCUGGAUAAUAAUGAAAGGGAUAUUUUCCUUGACAUUGCAUGUUUCUUCAAGGGGAAUUCUGUUGAAUAUGUCACAAAAAAGCUAGAUGGUUGUCGUUUUUCAUCAUCCAUUGGCAUUGCAAGGCUUAACGAUAAGUGUCUCAUCAAUAUUCGUGACCAGUGUGUGGAGAUGCAUGACUUAUUGCAAGAAAUGGGUAAAGAAAUUGUUCGACAAGAAUCACCUAAAGAAGCUGGCGAACGUAGUAGAUUGUGGUUUCAUGAAGAUGUUCGCCACGUAUUAGAAGAAAAUACGGUAAGAUCACACUAAUAA